UUUUUUUCUCUCAUCCGUUUCCAAGGAAAAACCUAAAAAAUGUCUGUCCACCACCACACGAGAGACAGUUCUAUAAUCGAAUUCUCAAAAACAGAUUCAAAUUCAAAUGAGAAAGCAAAAUCAGUAAUUGAAUCACUCGCUCUCAUAAUCGAUCCUCUUCCUUCAUCUCUCAUUAACUCAGACACUCCAGCUUUUUCUCUGCUCCAUGACUCUCACCUUGCUGAAACAAUAUCUUCUCAUCUCAAGCAACCUGAUUCGGGCGCCGGUGAUAACAAUCUUUGCCGUUGGCUUUACGAUACGUUUCAAUCUUCUGAUCCAAAUCUGCAAACUGUAGUACUAAGAUUUUUACCUAUUAUAGCAGGGCUUUACCUUUCUCGAGCUGGUCUACGAAAGUCCCUGGCGGGGUUUGAAGCUAUUUUAUUAGCUUUGUAUGCUCAUGAGACGACGUUUCGUGGUGGCCAGCCGAUAACAGUAAAUGUUCCGGAUUUAUCACAUUCAAGUAUUUAUCAUGAAACUAGAGCGACGGGUAAAAAUAACUCGACGGAGCUGAACUUGGCGAUUUUGUCACCGAGUUUAGAACCGCAUGGAACGGUUAGAUCGACUAAAAGAGCUAGGAUUAUUGGUGUUGCAUUAGAAUUAUAUCAUAGUAGAAUAUCAUUGAUGCCCAUUCCUUCUAAGAUUGAAUUUUGUGAGUUUUGUGUGAUUUGGGCUGGUUAUGAAAAUGAUGGAAUCAGUAGUGAAUAUAUUACUGAUGAAAACGUUAAAGAGAAAUAUUUAGGCCAAGAUGGUGGUGGUAAUGGUGAUGCUGGUUCCGGUACUUCUUCUAGUGACGAAAUCGUUGGGUUGACAGAGAAUAAAGAAGAGAAAUACGAGAAGAAAGAAGGCAGAAUUCCUUUACCAUGGGAACUUCUUCAACCUGCUUUGAGGAUUUUGGGCCAUUGUUUAAUGGGCCCAGUCGAGUCGAAAGAACUGAAAGAAGCUGCACUGGCAGCAUCUAGGAGCCUAUAUGCUAGAGCAUUGCAUGAUGUGAAUCCUCAAGCGAUUCUUGCGACAGGAAGUCUUCUAAGGAUUGGGAAUAUGACAAUGAAUUCAGUCCCAGAAUCUGAUCCUACUGAAAUAUCGGAUUUUAAUAAACCUAUUAUCACCCUCUAAAUGCUUAUCCUUUUGUUCAUUGCAUUGCGAUCUCAUUUUCUUUUUGAUUGCACUUACACAAUAAUUUAAGCCCAGUGAUGAUAUUAUACCUUACUGUUUGAUUAUUAUAUAUUGGUAACCGUUAACGUCUUGAUUUA